AUGGCUGAGCCAGAGCUCCUGCUGGACUCCAACAUCCGAUUGUGGGUGGUGUUGCCCAUUGUCUUCAUCACCUUUCUUGUCGGCGUCAUACGUCACUAUGUGUCCAUUCUACUACAAAGUGACAAGAAGUUGACUUUAGAGCAGGUGUCAGACAGCCAAGUCCUCAUUCGGAGCAGAAUCCUCAGAGAAAAUGGAAAAUACAUUCCCAAACAAUCAUUCUUAAUGAGGAAGUUCUACUUCAAUAAUCAAGAAGAUGGAUUCUUCAAGAAAACAAAAAGGAAGGUUGUUCCGCCCUCACCAAUGACUGAUCCCAGCAUGCUGACAGACAUGAUGAAAGGAAACGUGACCAACGUGCUUCCCAUGAUCCUUAUCGGAGGAUGGAUCAAUUGGACCUUUUCAGGAUUUGUAACAACUAAGGUCCCCUUCCCUCUUACACUGCGAUUCAAGCCCAUGCUGCAACAAGGAAUAGAGCUGCUGUCACUAGAUGCUUCCUGGGUGAGCUCAGCAUCGUGGUACUUCCUGAAUGUCUUUGGACUGCGAAGCAUGUACUCAUUAAUCCUUGGCCAGGACAAUGGUGCAGAUCAGUCAAGGAUCAUGCAGGAGCAGAUGAGUGGGGCUGCCAUGGCCAUGCCUGCAGACACAAAUAAAGCCUUCAAGGCGGAGUGGGAGGCCCUCGAACUGACUGACCAUCAGUGGGCGCUGGAGAGUGUGGAAGAGGAUCUUAUGAGUAUGGAGCUGGACUUUGAUGGAAUGUUUAGCAAGGAACUGCCCACUGGUAUCUUCUGA